GAUAUGGUGGGCGUGCCGAGGAGUACAGGAUGUGCGGCGUGUGUAAAAAGACGGAUCAAGGUACAUCAUCAUCCCUUGGGAAACUACCAGGGACCUUCACGUCUGACCCAGUCUCCGAACGCGACANNGUGCGAUGAAGGACGGCCGACCUGUCAAAAAUGCGAAAAGUCUGGACGCCAGUGUCCGGGCUAUACCCGCGAGCUUCAGUUUAGAAACAAGAUGGUGCAAGGCGGGUCGAAACGUGAGCGACCUAUAAUCAUCAACUCGAUAUCCACAGCCUCGCCAACGGAAUCGAGCACUAGCAGUGGCAGCUCGCUGGAUACGCGCAGAGAUUCUGCUGUCGUGACGACUCCUCCGGAACCAGCUGUAAAGUCGCUGCAUCUACCUCGGACGGAACAGCUCCAAGUUAUGGCUGCCUUGAUUGACGGGUUUGCACCGCCUUCAGCAGAACCGAAACAAGGUCCUUCAAUGAUACGGGACUGGCUUUCUUUUGUGUACGGUCGCAUUGGCUCAACCACGCCUCUCGAUCUGGCAAUGCGAUCAGUAGCCUGUAUGCAAUUCGGAUUGCGAAAGAAGGACACACAUAUCAUCAACGUCAGUCGCGCAUACUACGGUGGUGCACUCCAGACGUUGCGAAAGGCUCUUGUGGCUCCUACCACAGGACAAUCAGAGCUGCAGAGUACGGUGAUGCUACUCACAUUUUAUGAGCUUAUGUCAAAUCGGAAAGAGGAUGAAUGGGUACGCCACUCCGGCGGCUCGGUCGAGAUGAUGCGGAUACGAGGUCCAAAAGCAUACGCAGACCGGAAGAGCUUCGACUAUUCCAUGUAUCUCGUGUGCAGAUAUUAUAUCGCCUGCUUCCUGGAUGAUCCAGAAUGGAACACACUAGCCCGCGAUCCCGACUCACUGGAGGGAGAUAUUCGGGAGUCCAUGUUCCGAAUCCACGUCCAGAUACCAGGAUUAAUCCGCAAUGCCCAGAGGACCGCUGCCGGACAGUACGACGCCUUUGAGCUGAUAAAGAAGACCGUAGAACUACGGACGACCGUCAAACGAUUAUACGACGAGUGGAUAGUAGCCUUGAAAGCCACAAACAACAUGCCAAUCGAAAUUCCUGGCGAGGACGAGCUCUUCCCGGUGGUCUAUCACUUCAACAAUCUAGCCGUACAUGGCUUCAUGUCGCAGCACUGCUCGACGAUAAUCCAGCUGAAUUCAGUCUUGAUCCAGUGUGGACUGCCAGGGAAAGAAGAAUAUCUUCAAGAGUGUCGGCAGCAAGCAGAGCAGCUCUGCAGAUAUGCGCAUUUCGCUCAAGGACGAGUUCUCGGAUCCAUUUUGCUGCACUUUUGGCUCAUCACGGCCAAACGACACGCUGACGAAAAGUAUCAAGGCUGGAUCGCAGCAAAGCAGGCGGCCAUCCAGAGGUGA